AUGUAUCGUAUUGAAGUCCUCCCCAGCACAACCUCCCAUGUCACGCCCGGAUGGACGUACGUCCCCGACCGCGGCUUUAACCCAGCGCAAGCAGCUAUCACACCUACCAUCGGGAGGAAAAGAGGAAUCCGCGACGGUGGUCGUACCGACUUAUCUUCGCGCCAGAGCAAUGCGAUUAUUCGCCACUUAGCUGAGCUUGACCGGGAGAAUCAUCGAGACGUGCAUAUUCCAAUACCUGUGAAACAGAAGGAUGCGGCUGGUAGAGGGACACGAGGAAAGACGACUUCAAAUGUGCGCCGUAUCCUUCAAUCGCAAAAGACCUUCCGAAACUACCUCGAUGAUGAGGAGGCGGCCCUGGCCCAAGCCGCGCAGUCGACUAUACAAAGACCCUCCACCAGCAAGAUCACGAAGCCCUCCCGACGAAGUCUAACUCCCGCCGCUACCCCCAGGUCAGACUUAUCGAAAAGGAAGCUAUCCACCGUACCACCAUCAAGGGCCUCAACGAUCCCGCCAGAGACCAGCACCAACGCGACCCCCGACACAGACGAAGACAAAAAGCAACCCGAAGCAGAAACCGAAAACCCGAACCGACUGAUCAAAUCAGAGCAUGACAACGAUCCCCUUCUAAAGUCAUACAUCCCUUCCGCACCCUCAGAGCGCAUCAUGGAGGCACUCCUCGCCGAACCGCCACUCACAUACAACGCGGCUCGUGCUGGUCCGCCCCUAACCGCCAAGGCACCACGGCACUUUUGCUAUAUGUGCGGAUACUGGGGCAAGAUUCGGUGCAAGAACUGUCAUGUUCGGACCUGUGGUCUGGCUUGUUACAAGGUUCAUGAGGACUCGCGGUGCGCUGUCAAGGCAUCGAGUCGCAAGGCCUUGUGUGAAAGGCGCAGGAGUCUCAUAACACGGUUUAUCGCUGCCCGACGGAGGCAUCAUUAUCCAUCCCUCCGCUCAGAGUCCAUCACGAAUGCUUGGCUCUUUACCGUUCCCGAUGAUAUAAAUCGGUUGACGCGUCUCCUUCGUGAUCGAUGCAAUGCCUCAUCACAAAUCCAAUCCCAGACGGAUCAAACGGAUCGGGCACCUACCAUCGCAGCUGGUGGAGGGUUCGUCUGCAUGCAGCAGCAGCAGCAGCAGCCAUGGCUCAAUGUGACUCGCAUUGCCUGGAACUUCCAGUAA